CGGACGUCCGUGACACAUGCUUUUAAGUCCCAGCGCCCGGGAAGCAGAGGCAGGAGGGUGGCUACAGUAUGUUCAUGCUGAUGCUCCUACCAAUAAAACGCUGGCUGGACUGGUAGUGCAACUUCUCCAGUUCCAGGAAGAUGCCUUUGGGAAGCAUGUCACCAAUCCAGCCUUCACCAAACUACCUGCAAAGUGUUUCAUGGACUUCAAAGCUGGAGGCACCUUAUGUCACAUUCUUGGGGCUGCUUACAAGUAUAAAAACGAACAGGGGUGGCGGAGAUUUGAUUUGCAGAAUCCAUCCAGAAUGGAUCGUAAUGUUGAAAUGUUUAUGAACAUUGAAAAAACAUUGGUACAGAAUAAUUGUCUGACCAGGCCCAACAUCUACCUCAUUCCAGACAUUGAUCUGAAGUUGGCUAACAAGCUGAAAGAUAUCAUCAAACGACAUCAGGGGACAUUCACUGAUGAGAAGUCGAAGGCUUCCCACCACAUUUAUCCAUAUCCUUCCUCACAAGAGGAUGAAGAGUGGUUGAGACCAGUGAUGAGAAAGGACAAGCAGGUGUUAGUGCAUUGGGGCUUCUACCCAGACAGUUGCAAGGAGCAAGUUCAUGUGAAAUGGAUUUUGGAUACUGACAUUUUCAAUGAAUGGAUGAAUGAAGAAGAUUAUGAAGUGGAUGAGAACAGGAAGCCAGUGAGUUUUCGUCAGCGAAUUUCAACAAAGAAUGAAGAGCCAGUCAGAAGUCCAGAGAGAAGAGAUCGAAAAACAUCAGCUAAUGCUCGAAAGAGGAAGCAUUCGCCUUCUCCUCCCCCGCCCACACCCGCAGAAUCACGGAAGAAGAGUGGCAAAAAGGGGAAGUUGAUAAACCCAAAAAAAGAUAGUGAAAAUACACCUGUUAAGGGAGGAACUGUAGCAGAUCUAGAUGAGCAGGAUGAAGAAACAGUUACAACAGGUGGAAAGGAAGAUGAAGAUCCUAGCAAAGGUGAUCAGGGUCGGUCAGUGGACCCUGGUGAGGAUAAUGUCACCGAGCAGACCAAUCACAUUAUUAUUCCCAGCUACGCCUCCUGGUUUGAUUAUAACUGUAUUCAUGUGAUUGAACGGCGUGCACUUCCUGAGUUUUUCAAUGGAAAAAAUAAAUCCAAGACUCCAGAAAUAUACCUGGCAUAUCGAAACUUUAUGAUUGACACAUAUCGUCUGAAUCCACAAGAAUAUUUGACCAGCACUGCCUGUCGGAGGAACUUGACUGGAGAUGUGUGUGCUGUGAUGAGAGUUCAUGCCUUUCUAGAACAGUGGGGACUCGUUAAUUACCAAGUUGAUCCAGAAAGUCGGCCCAUGGCAAUGGGACCCCCUCCAACUCCUCAUUUCAAUGUAUUAGCUGACACCCCCUCCGGGCUUGUGCCUCUGCAUCUUCGAUCUCCUCAGAUUCCUGCUGCCCAACAAAUGUUAAAUUUUCCAGAAAAGAACAAGGAAAAGCCAAUUGAUUUGCAGAAUUUUGGUCUUCGCACUGACAUUUACUCAAAGAAAACAUUAGCAAAGAGUAAAGGUGCUAGUGCUGGAAGAGAGUGGACAGAACAGGAGACUCUUCUCCUUCUGGAGGCCCUUGAGAUGUACAAGGAUGAUUGGAACAAAGUGUCAGAACAUGUUGGAAGUCGCACUCAAGAUGAGUGCAUCCUCCACUUUUUGAGGCUUCCCAUUGAGGACCCCUACCUGGAGAAUUCGGACGCUUCCCUCGGGCCACUGGCCUACCAGCCUGUCCCUUUCAGUCAGUCGGGAAACCCAGUCAUGAGCACCGUGGCGUUUUUAGCAUCUGUGGUGGACCCUCGUGUAGCGUCUGCUGCAGCAAAAGCAGCUUUGGAGGAGUUUUCUCGAGUUCGAGAAGAGGUGCCGCUGGAGUUGGUUGAAGCACAUGUCAAGAAAGUGCAAGAAGCUGCUCGAGCUUCUGGGAAGGUGGAUCCCACCUAUGGUCUAGAGAGCAGCUGCAUUGCAGGCACUGGGCCCGAGGAACCGGAGAAGCUGGAAGGACCUGAAGAGGAAAAAAUGGAAACAGAUACAGAUAGUCAGCAGCCUGACAAGGCAGAGAAUAAAGGAGAAAAUGAAAUUGAUGAAAAUGAUAAAACACAAGAUGGAGAAAAUGAAAAAAAUGAGAAGGAACAGGAUGGUGAAGUUAAUGAAGAUAUCAAAUCAGAAGAAAAGGAGACUGAAGAGAACAAGGAAGUCACUGAUGCAUGUAAAGAAAGAGAAAAUGACACUGCGAAGAAAAAAGUAGAACAUGAGAUUUCUGAAGGAAACGUUGCCACCGCAGCAGCAGCUGCUCUUGCCUCAGCUGCUACCAAAGCCAAGCACCUGGCUGCUGUGGAAGAGAGAAAGAUAAAGUCUCUGGUAGCCCUGCUGGUUGAGACACAAAUGAAGAAACUAGAGAUUAAACUUCGACAUUUUGAGGAGCUUGAAACUAUCAUGGACAGAGAAAAAGAAGCUCUAGAACAGCAGAGGCAGCAGUUGCUUACUGAACGACAGAACUUCCACAUGGAGCAGCUAAAAUAUGCCGAGUUACGUGCCCGGCAGCAAAUGGAACAGCAGCAGCACAGCCAGAACCCUGCACAGGCACAUCAGCACUCAGGAGGCCCUGGCCUGGCCCCACCUGGAGCAGCCAGCCAUCCAGGCAUGAUGUCCCAUCAGCAGCCUCCUCCCUACCCUCUAAUGCAUCACCAGAUGCCACCACCUCACCCAGCCCAGCCAGGUCAGAUGCCAGGUCCGGGUGCCAUGAUGGCCGGCCAGCCCAUGCCAGGCCGCAUGAUGCCCCCCAUGGCAGCCAGCAUUAACCCUGCAGGGAGUGGCCCUGCCCCUCCUGGUAUGCCUCCGAUGCCGGGAAACAUCUUAGGACCACGAGGGCCCCUCACAGCACCCAAUGGCAUGUAUCCCCCUCCACCACAGCCGCCACCGCCGCCACCACCAACAGAUGGCGUCCCUCCCCCAACUGCUCCAGGUCCGCCUGCCUCAGCCACUCCUUAGCCAGAAGAGCAGGAAACCUCCGCACCCACCACCUCAAGCUGGAGUGUGGAUGAUGAGACUCAUAUUCCUCUGCCGCCUUGGGUUUCUUUCAGGAUUUUAUUUUCAUAGCCCCAGUGCACAUCCCGUGUCUCCCACUCCUCUUGACCACCUUUCUACACUCUGACACAUUCUGUGCUGAAUGGGACACCUGUGAUGACACUGUGAUGUGGUUGUCCCCAAAUCAGCCUGUGUCUCCUGGUCCUGUCCCAUCUGCUGUGGGGUGGUAUGGGCAGUUUAUCGACAGGUCCUGUCAGCAUUAGUAUUCAAUGUCAGUUUUUGCUCUUCUGUUUUUUUCUUUGUCAUAUACUUCUAUGGAUAAUCCUCUACAAUUAUUAUCUCUCCUUUGUUAUGACUGUUUUAAAGGAGAGUGUCCUAAGUUAAUAGGAACCAAAAAAUGGUGAUGGGCAGAAGGAUACAGCCAGAGGGGACACACCUUAAGGCAUUAUAAGUGACCUUAUUUCUGCUUAUCUGAGCUAAGAAUGGUGCUGCUGAUGAAGUUUCCCAAGACUGGUCAUGCAUCAGUGCAGCAGACCGAAGAGAUGGGAAGGGGGUUACCCCAUUGAUAGCUGUUUUUGGGGAGGCUCCACCCAGUCUGGCAGACGCCCUUGUAACUGGUACAUAGUAGAGAAGGGCACAGACACGAGGACACAGCCUUUCCUUCCUGAGCCCACCGGCUCUGGUUUUCUAUGCAGAUGACUUGCUGGGUUGCAGUGGGUGUAUUGUUUUUCUGAGGGCUGGAUUUGGGGAGGCUCCCAAAGCUCCCUAGCCGAGUCAGGAAAAUUUAAGGAGACUAAGACAGUUGCUCCCUCCCCAUCAGUCUAGCCUGCUUUGCAUGCCUGCUUUUUUUCUCCCUCUUAAAAAAAAUUUAAAAAAAUAAAAUAAAUAAAUUUUUUUAAAAAGUAGCUAGUGAACAAUUUAGCUCAUGGAACUUGGUUGUAAUGUCUGGGGUCAAGUCCCCAAACUACCUCUUGCAGUAGCCAGGGUGGGUGGAAUUCAUGAGGCGGUACUUUAGGUUUGGGAUGGGAUUAGAAAAGGGAGGCAGAAUCACCAGCCUCUCCUGCCUCCUCUUAUGCCUUUCUGCAGUCUCACUUUCCAUCUUUCAGGUUGUUGAGGCGCUAAGGGUACCAGGGACCUCCCUUGGUUCCAGAGCAUUAUGCUUUAAUGUUUGGGGUACUCAGGCUGGGAGGGUGAGUGCCAUUCUAGAAGAAGGGCCACCAAAAAAUGCCUUAUUUGAGCCCAUAUCUAUCCCUGCUGAGUGACUUCAGCACUCAGUUUUGUGUCUUGUCCUCCUUUCAGCUCCCUUCUGUCCUAGGAAUAGCAAAAGAGUGUGGCUUCCAGAGCACCUGACCCCUUCAUUCCACAUUCUCAAGUGGCAGUUGUAUGACUUAGGAUGUAAGGUAGAACAUCUUCUGGAUACCUUUUUCUAUAUAUUUUCUAAAGCUUUACAUAUGAGAGGGUGUAGGGAGGUGUUUGUAAAACACCUUAGAACUUUUUCCCUUAAUAUCAAAAAGCAAAAAAUAAAGCCACAAUUGAGAUUUGCCUUCAGACCCUCAGGUUUGUCUCUACCAGGUAGCCCUGGUCAGCAUCAGAGUACUGGAAUAGUGAAACCAAGGAGACCUGUUUCUUUCGCACAUUUGUUCUCAACUCCUGAGUGGAAAUGGAAAUGAGCUUGUUUCUACUGGAGUUUGCUUCCAGGGAGACCCAGUGCCUUUCAGCAAUGGCCAGGGUUUUCCCUACUUCCUCUAGUCUUUCCCAAAGGAAACUAUUUCACAUAUUUCCUUUUCCUUCGGAGUCCUGGAGAGAAAAUAAAGUUCUGGUUCUUACUGUGGUCCCUUGUAACCUCAGGUCUUUCAUGUGAUCAUUUUCAAAUUUAAACAUGCAGGUAGAAAUAUUUUUACUAUGCUAGUAAUCUACAAAAUACCUGAAUUCAGCACUGUUAUGUUUCAGAAUAAGUGACAUUUUCUUUUUGUGUCUUUAAUCUGGUUUCAUUCUUGUAAUAUGGCCACCCAAUUUUGUGAGGGGGGAAUAAUAAGUGGUUUUUGUACAAACAUCUUUCUCAGUGUGGUGUUAUUUUGGAAAAAUAAGGGGAGGGAGUUUUGAGAAAUUGGAGCAAAUAAAUAAAUGAAAUACCAUUUCUGGA